AAUGUUCCCACGCUAGGGUUUAACAAAGGGUUUUUAUCGUUUGAAUCACUGUUGCAAAAAUGUCUUCUCUAAUGGCGAUUCGCAGAACUCGAAUCUCCAUUUUUACUUCUUCGCACAAGGUAUGUUUGUUAUACUCUUCUUCACGCUCUAUUUCCGAUAUCAAGUUCCUGAAAACCCUAACCUUAAACUCCCCGUUUUCUUCCUUACAUUCGAAAACCCUAGCAACAUUCGCAGCACCAAAUGAUAUUCAAAUUCCCCCAAACCCCUCUGGGGUUCCGCAAAAUAAGGAUUUUGGAAGCUCUACUCAACAGUGGAAUAACCAAACCCAGAAUUAUCCGAAUAAUAAUCAGAUGAAUAUGUCAUAUCCUCAGUAUCAAACUCCUGAUCAGGUGAAUCAAGGUUAUCCAAAUUAUGGAAAUGUUAAUCCUGGUCAGGGAUAUACCCAGAGCUUUCAGAAUCAGAAAAGCCCUAAUGUUCAAAAUCAAAGCAUUCCGUAUAGGCCGAGCUCCGGUGAGCCUCGAAACUACCCACCACCUGGGAACGUCAACCAAUGGAAUUAUCAAAAUCAAGGCUUCAGACAACAUGGAACCCCGAAUGCGGCUCCAAGUUAUCCACAAAGUGGAUAUCAGAAUCCGGAACAUGCACAAAGUCCCAAUAGAAAUCAGAAUUAUCCACAGCCUGGUGCUGGUAAUCAGUGGAAUAAUCAGAAUCAAAAUUAUGCUCCACGAGGAAGCCCUAGUCAACUAGAUUCUCAGGGACAGAGAGUCUCACCAGGAAGCGGGUUUCAAAUGAAUAAUCAAUCUCAUAACCAAGCUCAGGUUGUGCAUGAUCAAGUCCCGAGUGAUCCUCCACCUACUGUUGAUUUAAUUAGCUUGUGCCAAGAAGGUAAAGUUAAGGAGGUUAUUGAACAUAUGGAACAGGGGAUAGUUGCCGAUGCACAAUGUUUUGACAUGCUCUUUGAGUUGUGUGCCAAUUCGAAGAAACUUGAAGAUGCUAAAAAGGUGCACGAUUACUUGUUGAGAUCAAAAUGCAGGAAUGAUCUUGGUUUGAGCAAUAAAGUUAUCAAUAUGUAUUCCAAGUGUGGGAGUAUGACAGAUGCGCGCAGAGUUUUUGAUCAUAUGCGUGAUAGGAAUAUGGACUCAUGGCAUUUGAUGAUAAAUGGAUAUGCAUUGAAUGGGUUGGGGGAUGAUGGGUUGACAUUGUAUGAUCAGAUGCGGGAGUCGGGAAUGAAACCAAACGAGGAAACUUUUCUGUAUGUUUUCGAGGCUUGUGCCAGUUCAGAUGCUAUUGAUGAGGCUUUCAUGCAUUUUGAGUCAAUGAAGGCUGAGUAUGGAAUUUCUCCACAGGUGGAGCACUAUUUAGGACUUCUGGGUGUUCUAGGAAAAUGUGGACAUCUUGCUGAGGCAGAGGAAUAUAUCUCAAAGCUUCCAUUUGAACCAACAGAAGCCGUCUGGGAAGCAUUAAUGAAUUAUGCUCGUAUACAUGGCGAUAUUGAUCUUGAGGAUCGAGCUGAGGAGUUGAUGGUUGGUCUUGACCCUUCUAAGGCUGUUGCUAAUAAGAUUUCCACUCCACCAGUAAAGAAGCAGUUAGCCAUUAAUAUGCUUGAAGGAAGAAAUAGAGUAGCUGAAUUUCGCAAUCCAUCCCUCUUCAAGGAUGACGAGAAGUUGAGGGCUGCGAUGAAAGAACAAGCUUAUGUGCCUGAUACCAGAUAUGUCCUUCAUGAUAUCGAUCAGGAGGCCAAGGAACAGGCUUUGCUAUACCAUAGCGAACGUUUAGCCAUUGCAUAUGGUCUGAUUAGUACUCCUGCCAGAACACCUUUACGUAUCAUAAAGAAUCUCCGUGUAUGUGGUGAUUGUCACAAUGCCAUCAAGAUCAUGUCAAGGAUUGUUGGGCGAGAGUUAAUUGUCAGGGACAACAAGCGGUUUCAUCAUUUCAAGGAUGGAAAAUGCUCUUGUGGUGAUUAUUGGUGAAGUAUAGUGGCUAAUUUGAGUAUACAUAGACUGGCUUCCACAAUUCUCAGGAUCAUCAAGAGUCUGCAUGUUGGGAUGAACGCGAUGUUGAGAUCCCUUUAAGCUGGCCGUGGCUCUGUUCAGGGUCAUCUAUGAAUUACCAAGAAUUUUUAUGUAUUGCUAAUUACAAUGCCAAAAUCACCAUGUCUUGCAAUUUAUGCAUUGCUUGCACCCUUGUGGAUAUCUAAGACUGUUCUAGUAGUUUGGAUCUUUGUUAAAGAGAUUAGCCAGCAAAGUGCCAGUCAAAUUAAUGUUCCAUUGUAUCUGCGCAAUGUUUUCAAAUUGUUUUCUGGUUCUGUCACUUUAUAGGAAAAUGGAGUUUUUGACCAAUAUCAUCCCUUACGUUUCUCCCUAACUUUGAGUAUAUCCUUAUAAUAUUUCAUUUAACUGAAAUCAUCCUUU